UGCACCUCUGCACAGCGCACACUCACAUUCAUUCACAGUCAUUCAACCAAACGGCAGCAACGUGCACGUCUGCAAGCACACCAACGAGCAAAGCAGCCCACCGCCUUAAGAACCUGUCGCCUUCGGGGAUUAGUCAACAAGGCAGAAGACGGAUAUAGUAGUGCUCACAGCACCGGGACUCGGGAGAGUUUCGAACGGACGACUUUUAUUCCCUGGUCUAGUUUUGAGGGUUUUUUUUUUUUUUUUUGGGUUGAUUUCUUGUUGCCAGGCAAAAACAGAAAGUCCGAGCAGCCAUGAGAGCGCCUCCCGCCCGUGCCGCAAGGCCCCACCGCCACUUCUGACCUUCCGCUGAUCAAGCGAAGCCGAAGAUGUCAGUGUGCAGCGACUUUGCAGAACACGUGUGGAAACCCGGCUCCUGCAAGAACUGCUUCCACCAGCUCAGCGCGCACAAGACCGCAGGCCGCCCGGCAGGCGCCGCGCCCGCCUCUGCCGCCGCCGCGUGUCUGAAGGGCGGAGGCGAUGACGACGACGAGGCAGUGACGGCACCUUCACCCUACAGCAAACCCACCAUCGCCGUCAAGCCCACCAUGAUGAGCUUGGACGCUGGCGACUCGAUGGCUGAUGUCAACAUGAACAUAGAGCAGAAGAACACAAAGAGCCCAGUGGAGCGUUUGGGCCUGAAAAAGAUUAUGGAUCUAUCCUCCCUUUAUAUUGACAGUAGUAACUGUAAUAAGAGCCUUCGAGAUUCAACUCUUAAAAGUCCGGACGCCAAGACAGACUUUUGCUUUUCUUCAUUGUCCAAAGACUCCAUGAUCAUUAGCAACAUGUUGGUCACCCAAGAUGAAGGUAAAUGUCCUCACAAUGUCAAUGAAGACACCUGUUGGCAGCAGAAUAGUAGCGCCUCUCCCACCAUUAGCCCUUGUAAGUCCAGUAGUGCAGUGAAGAGAGCUAAUUUUUUGUGUCAGAAUUCCAUGGAGAAACCUUUUCCUGCAGAUAUUGGCCCGACCAGUCCUGCCAAAUCAUAUAACAAUGGCAUCACCUAUAGGAGUACUUCUGUGGUAACCGCUAAGACAUCUAGCACUUCUGCCAGUCCCUUAACCUCAGCCUUAUCUCUGGACACUCUAAAUCCCAGUCAGCCAUCCAUCCGCUCUCCUCCUGUCCUGUCCAAACAAAACAGCCCAUUAGACUCCUCCUCUUCCUCCUUUGGUAGCAGCACAGAUUCACUGCCUGCAACUGAGGGUUCUGUUGGAAGCCCUCAAAGCCCACAAGUGACGGGCAACUCGGUUCUUAGUUCCCCCAGUGGUCCAGACUCGGAGCCCAUCUACGCAGAGAGCACCAAGAAAAAGCGCAGGCCGCAGGCUAACGGGGCGCAAACCCGUUUGGCUUCCCCAGACCAGACCGACAACUCUGAACUCUCGGAAGAAGGCCAGCGGACAACCAUCACUGUGAUGGCUGCUCACACGGAGGAGAACAACAGGACGUUUUACCUGAGCAGCCCCGAUUCAGCCAUCAGCACACGGUGCCACUUUAGCCCCACGGCACGCAAGGACCCCAGCAGCACCGCCUUCCGCUGGCCCAGCCCCAGCCGCAGUGCCCCCUCCUUGGUUACAGAGCCCAGCCUCGUUCCCUUGCUCCACCCCAGGCCACAAUCCAGCCCUCCCAUUCCACCAAAAAGGACCACCCGGUCCCCCAAACUGGGCACCUCCAGCCUCUCACCAUCCAUCUCUUCGCCCGUUCCCCUUCCAGACCUUUCCAGACUGAGCACAUCGAGCCUCUCUCCGUCCUUAUCGUCUCCCGUUGCCCUCCCCGAGCUCUCCAUGCUUUUCCUGGUCUCCGCCAAAGAAGGGCACUUCAAGAGCCAGCCGGAAAACCACAGCCCGGCAGCAUCCGAGCGCUGGCCCAAGCACCACCACCAAAGCUCCACCUGGAACUGUCGUAUUGACGAGGAAGUGGAGGAGGAGGAGGGAGAGCGGAAAGAGGCUGAAAAGAAGACGCUGACUACUAAUCCCCAGACAACAUCUCGUGUGACAGGCCCGGUCAAUGGCGCUGCUGUUUGGAAGGAGUCCAGAGUCUGCAACAAGGCCUCGAGCAGCCCCCCUCCGAUGACAGAGCCAGGCACGGUCCCCCCGCCCCUGACCAACAAUGGUGCCUGUCAGGGGGACGGCGAGGGUGCCGUCACAGUGGAGGAGGCCAAGCGGAGCGGGAGCAUGCCGGCCAAGCAGCACGAGAGCUCAACGGCGCUUCUGGCAGCGGGGAGGCAGGGAUCGGCCAGCCAUGAGGCCAAUCAAGCACCUCCACCGCCGCCACCCAAGAAACAGCACAGAGUGUCCGGCCACUUGAGCGGCAGCAACAUGGAGCUGAACCGCUUGGCCCAGCUCGGCUCACUGGAGAGUCCCGCCACGUCCCCUCGAGACCUCGGCAGCGCCGGCUUCCCGUCCGCCUCCACCGACAGUCUGACUGCUGACGCCGCGGGCCAUCGAGACGGAUCGCGGUUGUCCUGCUCCUCCCCGUUCCUGAGAAGUCCGGCGGCGUCGUCGCCCGGUUCUCCGCGCCCGCCCACUUUUAGCAUCACGGCCAACCAGCCGCCUCCGCUGCCGGAGAAGAAGACGGUCAGCCGCACCGUGUCCGCCCCCGACAGCGCCGCUUCCAAAGCCUUUGUCCGGGCCUAUCCACGCCUGCCGUUCAGCGGCUCGGAAAACAACGUGUGCAGACCCAACGACUCGAGCUGCCGGGCCAGUUUACCGUCCAGUCCAGUCGACCAGAGAUCCAUUUUCUCCUCCAAUGAGUCUCUGGAGCGCUGUCACGUGCCACUCGGCCGACCCUCCAGAUCCCGGACUUUGGACGAGCCUUUUAAGGGUCACGGUCGUUUAGGCGUCCACUGCCGCAGUAGCAUCACCUGCUCCUCCUCCCCUCAGCUCAGCGCCCCCUUUUCGGGCUCCGAAACGGGGCCGACAUCCAACCUGGGCUCCAGUUUGCAGCUGCAGACCCUCCUGAGCAACAUGGACAGCCGGGAGGGCGUUUACUCCAAGCUGGGCGGCUUGUACGCCGAGUCCCUGCGGCGCUUGGCUCUCAAAUGCGAGGAGCGCUUCGUGGGCUCGCAGAGAAACCGGCUGAGGUUCGAGGAGAGCAACUGGUCAUUGUUCAGGCUCACGUCCAACAAGCCCAGUUGCAACGCGGGUGACGCCGUCUACUAUUCCGCCGCCUGCGCUUCCGAUCCCGGCAACUCCUACGCCGUGAAGAUCUGCAAGAGUCCGUCGGCGGAGGCCAAGCAGGGCCACCUGUACGGCCUGUCGGUGCAGCAGAGUAUGCCCGCGCACUUCAACCUCCAGCAGGACUGCGGCCACUUCCUGGCGUGCGUCCCUCCGAGCAUGCUGCCCUCCGAUCGGGCGUCGGCAUCGGCGGCGGCGGCGGUGUCGCUCGCGUCCUCGCCCAAGCCCCGCGGCCAGCAGGCGGAGCGCGAACAGGUGGUGGUCAUCGCGCCCGAGAUCCCCCGGCAGACGGCGGCCGACUUCGCUCACGAGUUUGAGGCCUUCCACAAAAGCCAGCCGGAGGUUUACGAGCGGCGCGUCUGCUUCCUGCUGCUGCAGCUGUGCCACGGCCUGGAGCACUUGAAGGAACACGGCGUGACGCACCGCCACCUGUGCCUGGAGAACCUCCUCCUGGUGCCUCACUCCCCAACGCCGUCCGCAUCGCAGGCCCCUCAGCAGAGCGAGACGAGCGGCGCUUUUAGUCAGCGUCACCUCCCUCGCCUGCUUAUCAGCAACUUCGCCAAGGCCAAGCGGCGCUCCGCCGAGGACGCCGCGUCCACGAGCGCCGAUCCCCGCGUCAAGCGGGACCACGCCCGACUGGCGCCGGAGAUCGUGUCCGCCGCGCAGUAUCGCAAAUUUGACGAGUUCCAGACGGGCAUCCUGAUCUACGAGCUCCUCCACCAACCGAACCCCUUUGAGGUGAGUCCGGCCUUGAAGGAGCAGGACUACCGCUGCGAGGACUUGCCGGCCAUCCCGGCCGUGUCGCUGUACUCGGCCGGCCUCCAGAGGCUGGCUCGCCUCCUGCUCCAACCGGACCCCAUCAAGCGCAUCCACAUCCAGGACGCCAAGCGCGUCCUGCAGAGCCUCCUGUGGGGGCCCCGGAAGGACCUGAUGGAUCAGCAGUGGGAGAGGCGCGAGCCGGACGGCGCCCGGCACGAGGGCCUCCUCAACUGGCUGGACGUGAAGCGGGCACUGCUCAUGAUGAAGUUUGCCGAGCGGUCGCUGGAGCCCGAGCGCAACGCCGAAUUGGAGGACUGGCUGUGCUGCCAGUACUUCUCCUCGGCGCAUCCGCUGGCGCUUUGUCACACCGCCGAGCUGCUCUACUCACUAAAGUGACGUCGCGCAGGUACUUUGUGGACCCUGACUGAGGACGUCAUGUGCUGUCCCAAAGUGGAGUCUCCCAAGGUUCUGUCCUCGGUCCCUGCUUGUGUUAACUUUUGAAAAAAAAUCUGCAGUGCGUCCCAAUGACAUUUGUCUUGAAGUGUGGCAAAUAUCCAGAUUGUGUGGUGCUUUUCUACUUCCUCAAAAGGAGACACUGUGAACGCAACUCCCUCGUUAGUUUUACCGACCGUCCAUUUGGGAACUUUUAUCCUGCCGCUCUUUUUCCAAACCGAAAUGGCGGGAACCACUGAGGAGUAUUACGGCCAAACUAAAAAGAAAAGAAAAUGACACUUCCAUUCUGAAGUUGGAAUCUUAUGAGACAGAACUUGUAAUUCACAGUGGAUAGGGAGGGAGCCCUGCUUUCAGUAGCAAAAAUAUGAGAGUAAAUAACACCCCCCCCCAACAAUAUUUAUAACUGCCUUACAUAUACCACAAGAUGGUGACAGAGCACUGCUUUUCUUGAGACGGGGUUACGGCCUGACGAAAUGGAGCUUCUCCAUUCGCUUCAAUAUAAUUUAUAGCUUUAGCUUUUUUUCCCCCUCAGUGUUGAAUUUUAUUCGUGUAAAAUUCUAGAAGAUCAUCAUGUGUGACUUUUUCCUCAUAAAAUUACUUUUAAAAAAAUCAAUUCAUUUUUUUAACUUGAAAAUAGUGUAGUUCAAGUAUAGCAAGUAUUUUAAAAAAAAUUCUCCCUCAAAUAUUGGCCUUUAUAUAGUCAACAUCUCUUAAAUUAUGUUUUUUAUCAAGGCAAGAAUGCUUUUUAUCUGACAAUAUACUAUUUUUGGGAUGACUAUACGACUAUUCUUGGAAAGCUAUAGCUAAUCUUCAAAUUCGGCAACUUAAUAUCCAGCAAAAAAUAUAUAUAUAUAUUCGUAGAAAGACUCCAUCUCAAAUAUAUCCUACUUUUUGCUUGUAAAAUUAUGCAGUGAUUGAUUUUUUUUUUCUUUUUAGAGUGGCUCUAAAACUUCUUGGAAUGAAACAGUCGUAACAGUCACGUUGGUUACGAUUCGUCAUGGUUGACGCUGUAUUCCAUGCUGUAUUUCAAGUAUUAGUUGGCACAUUGUUUUUGAGGACUGCUGUGUCAUCGAGAAAAUGGAACCUUAUGUUAGAAUGAAAAACAAAGCAUCCUUAUCAUGUUUUGUUUGAACGAUCUGCUGUACUGUCCCGAUGACAUUGACUUGGCUGAUUACUCGUUCUUCCUUAAUUGUGUUGACGCUGUGCCUUCUGUUCCUCGUAUGCUUUUUUUUUCUUUUUGUGGAACUGGAUUUUCACAAUAACACCCAUUUAGUUUUGUACAUUAGAUUGUGAAAGAACCCAAGCAGGUCUUAAAAAAAAGAAAAAAAAAGCCAUGAGAAUGAGCAGCAGUUCAAAGUCAUAUUUAUGUCGUCUGUUGUCAUCACUGGAAGUUUUUAUUCAUGGCAGCCAUGUUUUUUUUUUCUGGUAGCAAACUUGAUUCCUAAUAAAGUGAUUGGUGAGCGAGAGGUUAAAGGCUGAAUUUACAGUUCGUGUUUUGAAACAUCUUUUGACUCUGUGCUGUGUGUGUGUGUGUGUCUACCUAUAAACUGGAUUUAUUUUCUCAGUUCAAA